CCGGCACUGCAAUUCCUUCCUCUCCCCCGAUGCAACGCCAUAUUCUCACUUGCCUCGACACCUCUGGGCUGGGCGCAUCCACCUGCAAGUAGGUAGCCCAUAGCCGAGUACCAGCUGCGUACGUACAGAUCCAGUGCCCCAUAUAUACCGACGCCCCCGCCCUGAAAGUAGCCGCAGGUUCUUCUUCUCCUCCAUUCAUCUGUUAGGUACUAGCAGGCUAGCAGCCAUUGAUCGAUCGGGUAAGCUACCUGGUUGGCGAGGUUGUUGUUGCCUGGCUAUAGUGGCUAGGGAGUCGACGGCGGACGGGUAGGUUCGUCAGCUCCGCCUCGCUUCAUCCAUGCACGCGGCGCCGACGACGGCGGCGGUGGCGAUGCCGGCGGCGGUGACCCACGACGACCUGUCCCUCCGCAAGGCGCAGGAGCGCCGUGCCGCGCGGUCCAGCGGCCAGGUCGCCGUCGCCCUCGUCGCGCUCUCCGUCAUCUGCGGCCUCGUCGCCUUCAUCCUCUGCCUCGCCGCCGAGGGCUCGCGCUCCGAGGUGUCGUACUACCUGAUGAGCGUGGGCGGCAGCCAGGACCAGCUGGACGUGUGCUUCUACAACAGCAGCGGCCGCACCGCGCUCGCCUACGCCGUCGGCGCCUUCAUCCUGCUCGCCGUCGCCAUGUUCGCCGAGCACGCCUACAUGCUCGUCGCCGUCGCAGUGCCGGACUCCGCCUCCGCCGGCCUCGCCGUCGCGCAGGACCACCCGCGCGUCGCGUCGUCCGCCGCCACGCUCACCUGGCAGACCUGCUGCCUCUUCUUCCUCACAUGGAUCUGCUUCGGGCUCGCCGAGGUGCUGCUCAUGAUCGGGAUCGGCAUCGAGUCCGGCCACAUCAGCGACUGGCGGAAGCCGCGGCCAGUGUGCCACCGGGUGCGGCCGGGGAUGUUCGCGGCCGCGGGGAUCCUGGGGCUCAUCACCGUCGUCGUCGGCUUCGUGGUCUACGUCACGGCCGUGCAGGCGCAGCGCCUGCGCGGGCAGCAGCACUACGGCGGCGGCCACUUCGUCGGCCACGGCGCUCCCUACCCGGGCGUCCAGCACCAGCACCUCCGCCCGCCGAUGCCGCACCCCCAUCCCCACCCUCAUCCGGCGCCGACCGCGCCAGGCGCGCCGGAGAUAACGGCGGCGCCGUGUCAGGUGGAGCCCAGCCGUGCGUCCCUCAUCACCAAGGAGGUCGCCGAAGUGUGAAACGCUUGCGAGAUCAAACGUCAAGCAGAGCAGUAGCACAGCUAAUGCUACAUUCUUUGCCGCCUUAUGAAGUUUGUUACGCACUAAUAUUAUUUCUUUGUAAAUGUAAAAAAAUCAUUUUCAAGUUGGGAAUAGAUUCGCAUUGAGUUGUAAAAGGCUUUGCAUCAACCUUUCCAAGAAUAAUCGUGAGAUUACAGUA